AAAAAGAAGAGAAAACAGAAACAGAAUAAAGAAGAUUGGAGUAUUGGACUACGCCUCCCACCUUGCCGUCGACGAACGCCAAGGGCCCUUCCACCCACGACGACGCCGAGCCUUAGUGGUCGACCCGAUGCCCAAUUCAAACGCUCUUAUUGAUCAUCAAUAAACAUCACGGUUCCUAUUGUGAUCGGUUUUCUGUUUCCGUCCAACCGUCGUCAACUGCGAUACCGCCGGCUGAGCGGUGAUUUGAUAUUAGUUUCACAUUGUGACCAUUUGGUAGCUGUGCUGCUGCGCACGAGUUUUUAGAGUUAAACUUAGAAGAAUAUAGUUGACACCUAGCAAAUCCGGGAUAGAUUGGUGUCAGCAAGCAUGGCCAGAAAUGAGGAUGGUCCUGUUUUACAGUUUGCACCCUUUCAAAGUUCUGUAGAUGAGGGUUUUUGGCAUGGAUUAUCCUCACUGAAACUCAACAAACUAAAAACCGACGAGUCACCUAUCCCAAUAACAGGGUUUUAUACACCUUGCUCAAAUCCUCAAGUAUCAAGCCAUCUAACUUUACUUACUAACUCCUUGCCAAGUGACGAAGUACUAACUGAAACAAGCCGUGGAAACAGAAACAAAUGUUCUGUUCCCGGUAUUCUUUUGAACACAAAUACUUUUGAAGGGUUUAAAUCCCUUGAUAAGCAAGGUUUGUUAAAGGCUGAAGCAAAGAAGAUUUGGGAGGAUAUUAGAUCAGGAAAGGCAGAGGAGGAUAGUUCUGUGCUUUUGAGGUUCCUUGUUAUAGCAUUUGCAGACCUCAAGAAAUUUAAUUUCUAUUAUUGGUUUGCUUUCCCUGCUCUGGUUCUUGACCCUCCAGCAACCUUGGUUGAUUUGAGACCAGCAUCAAAAUGGUUCACCGCAGAAGAGACUGAAUCUGUGUCGACAUGCUGUAAUGAGUGGCGUAUGUCAAGUUUAACAGCAGAUGUGCCCUUUUUUUUGGUCUCCAUCUCGUCAAAUUCACUUGCUACUAUUAGACCUCUAAAGGAAUUUGAAGCUUGUCAACAUGAAGGUCAUAAGAUUCUAUUUGCCUUUUAUGAUCCAUGCCAUCUUCCAACCAACCCUGGCUGGCCUCUCCGGAAUUUUCUGGCUUUUAUUUCUGCAAGAUGGAACAUUAAAAAGGUCCAGUUUCUAUGUUAUCGUGAGAACCGUGGCUUUGCUGACUUGGGUUUGUCCCUUGUUGGCGAAGCUCUGAUACAACCUUCACAAGCAUGGCAAGACCAAGAACAUGUGCCUAAUGCUGUUGGAUGGGAACUCAAUAACAAAGGGAAAAUGGUCCCUAGAUGCAUUAACCUAUCUACUUCCAUGGAUCCCACUAGGAUGGCUAUAUCAGCUGCGGAUUUGAAUUUAAAGCUAAUGAGGUGGCGGGCACUGCCAUCUUUGAAUUUGAGCAUGCUGUCUAGUACCAAGUGUCUUCUGUUAGGAGCCGGGACUCUUGGAUGCCAAGUGGCACGCAUGCUUAUGGCUUGGGGUGUAAGGAAAAUAACACUGGUUGAUAGUGGUAAAGUGGCCAUGUCAAAUCCUUUGAGGCAAUCUUUAUAUACAUUGGAAGAUUGUCUUGAUGGUGGAGAUUUUAAAUCCUCGGCAGCAGUUAAAAGUCUCAACAGAAUUUUUCCAGCAGUGGAAGCAGAAGGUAUAGUUAUGGCGAUACCUAUGCCUGGGCAUCCAGUAUCUAGUAAAGAAGAACAAAAUGUACUUGAUGACUGCAAACGUCUUCAUGAUUUGGUUGAGUCUCAUGAUGCGGUUUUCUUAUUGACUGAUACACGGGAAAGUCGUUGGCUUCCUACUCUUUUAUGUGCCAAUGCUGACAAGCUUACAAUUACCGCGGCGUUGGGGUUUGACAGUUUCUUGGUAAUGCGUCAUGGUGCUGGUCCUUUUACAACUGAUGAAUCUAUAGCCGGACAUAUUGAUUCGUUAUCUACCAGCGUUGAAGGAAUGUCACUGACAAAGAGUGAUACCAAGCCAAGGCUCGGCUGUUACUUCUGCAAUGACGUUGUUGCCCCUGUGGAUUCAACAGCGAAUCGAACGUUGGACCAGCAAUGCACUGUGACACGUCCUGGACUUGCUCCUAUUGCAUCGGCCCUUGCAGUUGAACUUUUGGUUGGCAUUUUGCAUCAUCCGCUUGGGAUAUCAGCAGAAGCUGAAUUUGGCAACUCUUUGGAUAGUGGAAGCAACGAGCAACCUCUUGGUAUAAUACCUCAUCAAAUUCGAGGCGCGCUUUCACAGUUUUCUCAGAUGAUACUCGUGGGACAUUCCUCGAAUAGCUGCACUGCUUGUUGCCAAAUUGUGAUUUCUGAGUAUCGGGAUAGGGGUCUGGAUUUUAUCCUACAAGCCAUCAAUCAUCCUACUUACUUGGAGGAUCUAACUGGACUAACGGAGUUGAUGAAAUCAGCCAACUCUUUUGAACUUGACUGGGAUAAUGAGACAGAUGACGACGAUGAUUGUGUUGAAAUAUGAUCACUGACAUGUUCAUUUAGCGCAAACUAUAACUUUUUAUUGCACUGAGUAUAAGGUGUAUCUCCGAGUUUAAAAUUCUGUCAUCUUCUGGAACAUAUCUUCAAUUGUUAAAAUUGUACAAAAACAGGAUUAACCAUGCUCUAACUGAAUUUAAUUGAAAUUACACCCUUUAUAA